GCAAGUCAAUACAAGUCCUGAUAACUUUCAAGCAACGUGAUCAAAAGCAAUCAAACGUGAUCAUGUCGCAUGUCAAUGAAAUGUCAGCAUCUAUUGUCCGUGUCACUAAAGAGUGACUGACUCGGUUAUAUUCGUCUUAUAAACUCAUGUCAUCUUCGUUGAAAAUAAUAUAACUUGAAAUAUGAAUUUACGAACGAUCGCCGUUUUUAUCGUGACUUGUCAUUUUGCGAGAGGGGAUAAAAUGAUGCUGUUCGAUUUCACGGAUAUUCAAAGUGUGGAUGAUUGGCGGGAGAUGUCCGACACUGUAAGGACAGAAGGAAAAUCCAAAGCUAUCUUAACUCUACAAAUGAGCCAGCUCUUUCAAAGAGCAGUCUUCUUCACGCUGCUGAAACCGCAACCAAAUGAUGCCGGUUUCGCCGGCGUCAGAAAACUGACAAAUUUGAAUCUGUCAGGAUACAGAAAUAUUGAGAUCAUUUGCCGAGGACAAGGGCAAAAUAAUCACUACAAGAUAUCCCUGAGACAUCGAGGACAGAAUUCCAAUAUGUAUUUCAGCUACGAACAAUUCUUCACGGUAUUAAUAUCGGACGACGUAUUUACCACGGUGACUUUACCUUUGAAAGGCUUCAAACCUUAUUAUCGUGGAGUUGAGAUUCUGAACGGUGAGCCUCUAGAUAUAACAAAUAUUACAAUGUUCGAAUUUCAAAUUUACGGAGGCGUUUAUCUGCCUAUCGAGCAACAUGGCGUGUCCGCGUUAGAGAUAGAAACGGUAGCAGUUUCCUCUUAAUAAUCAUUCUGAUCUUCUAAUCGUAAAA